GGGCCGCUCUCCCAUUGGCUGGCGAGUGCGGCCGGGCGCCGGCUUCGUGUGUGAGGGACGGAGUGCGGGUGGCGGUCUCCUUUCGGCCCGGCCAUGGCUCCUGGCUGGCUCAGCCGCCUCUGUCUCCUCCUGCUCUGCCUCUGCGGGGAGGCCGCCGCCGGGAGGGACUUCUAUAAGAUCCUGGGGGUGUCCCGCGGCGCCUCCAUCAAGGACAUCAAGAAGGCGUACCGCAAGUUGGCGCUGCAGCUGCACCCCGACAGGAACCCCGACGACCCGCGGGCCCAGGAGAAGUUCCAGGACCUGGGGGCCGCCUACGAGGUGCUGUCGGAUGAGGAGAAGAGGAAACAGUAUGAUGCAUAUGGUGAGGAGGGUCUGAAGGAUGGGCACCAGAGUUCCCAUGGAGACAUCUUCUCACACUUUUUUGGGGACUUUGGAUUCAUGUUUGGAGGUAACCCUCGCCAACAGGACAGGAACAUCCCUCGGGGCAGCGACAUCAUUGUGGACCUGGAGGUUACCUUGGAGGAGGUGUAUUCAGGAAACUUUGUAGAAGUUGUCAGGAACAAGCCAGUGGCAAGACAGGCACCUGGCAAACGGAAAUGCAAUUGCCGGCAGGAGAUGAGGACCACGCAGCUGGGCCCUGGGCGUUUCCAGAUGACUCAAGAAGUUGUUUGCGAUGAAUGUCCCAACGUCAAGCUUGUGAAUGAAGAGCGAACACUAGAAGUGGAGAUAGAGCCAGGCGUGAGGGAUGGUAUGGAGUAUCCCUUCAUUGGUGAAGGGGAACCCCAUGUGGAUGGGGAGCCAGGUGACUUGCGUUUCCGAAUAAAAGUUCUUAAGCACCCAGUCUUUGAAAGAAGGGGAGAUGACUUAUAUACAAACGUGACAAUCUCGCUGGUCGAGGCACUUACAGGCUUUGAAAUGGAUAUAACCCACUUGGAUGGGCACAAGGUUCAUGUUGCUCGGGAUAAAAUUACUAAACCUGGGGCCAAACUGUGGAAGAAAGGAGAAGGUCUUCCAAAUUUUGAUAACAAUAAUAUCAAAGGUUCACUAAUAAUAACAUUUGAUGUGGAAUUCCCCAAAGAGCAGUUGACAAGUGAACAGCGAGAAGGUCUCAAACAGCUGUUGAAACAAGGAUCAGUGCAGAAGGUGUACAACGGAUUGCAGGGAUAUUGAUGUUGGUAGGGGGGGGAAAAGGACUUAAAUCAAAAGUCAGAUCUGUUUGCAGUUCUUCCUCCUGCCCACUGUAGAAUGGAAAACAGGGAGGGUGGGGUGAUUGUUGAGGUAUAUAUAAUUUUUUUUUUUGUAAAUGGUGGAAUUGUUCAGAUGAGUUGGGGGAGGGGGGAAGGCUACCCUUUUCAGGACAUGAUGGGUGCUGCUUAUCAUGUUCCAUGUCCUGGAACAACAAAAAUUCCUUGCACAGACUGGAAAGUGGGAAAAGGAGUUUUAAAUUCCACACAGAUUGGAAUUCCUGGUUUUUAAAUAUAUUUUGAUGUGACUUUUCUCAACCAUCUGAGCAUAUUUUCAUAGCUUCUCCUCUUCUGUCCUCACUGUUGGUCUCUGGGUGUUUUUGUUGUUGUUGUUGUUUUGUUUUUUAGUUUGAUUUAAAUCCCAGUUCUUCCUCCUCUU